GUUCGGAGUUGUCAAAUACCGAUAAAAACAUUCCUUCUAAUAAUGUUAUUAUAAUAUUAUUAAAACUGUAACAAAAUUCAUUUGGAGUCUAGAAAUGUGAAUUUUAUUUAAAACUUUUUACCGGCAUGGAAAGCUAAUAUUUUAGUAAUUGUAUUAAUUAUAUGAAAAAUGAGUUCAGAAAAUGAAGAAAACCUAGUAGAUGAUUCUGAUGAAUCUUUAUUGGACAUAAACAUCAAAGAGAUUAACGAUGUUGAAUUUGAUAUACCACCAGUGGCCCCGCCAUCCCUGGAAAGUGUUCUUUGGGACUUGGAAUCAGAAGGCAGCGAUAGCGCAUCGUUGCACUCAUUUCAAAGCAUGACAGCUAAAUUUCGAUCCAUGUUAUAUCAUUGUGUUCUACAAGGGCUAUCAGCGCAAAUUACCAAUGCAGGGCAACAAGCAAAUGCUGGCCUACCAACUGUAAUUACAAAUAGUUUGAAGUUUGUAGCCGUCGGGACAUCUCAUGGAUAUAUUUUGGCUUUUGAUUCUGAGCAAAAAUUGUGCUGGUGCUGCCAUGAUGUUAGUUUACAGGACCAAGGAGCUAUUUCUGCUUUAGCAUUUAAUUUAGAAUCUACCAGACUUUUAGUAGGAUAUGAAAGAGGCUUUGUUUCAAUGGUGGACGCGACAUCUGGCGACAUAAUAAGAAAACUUCCCGAUGCGCAUGCACCACAAACAGCAGUUCUGCAUCUCCGAUUUACUUUUAUGAACAACUUGGCCUUAUGCGGAGAUUCAUCGGGUUGCGUUUUUUUGCUCUCGUUUAGCCGAAGAUUGGGUGUUAGAGGCUGGGACUCGAAAUGCCUAUUUUCUGGCGCCAGAGGGGAAGUCUGUGUUUUUGAGCCUUUGACUCAAGGAUACAAUAUCAAUUUUUUGAAUAAGAAUAUUUUGGUGGCAAUGGCUACACUCUCCAAGGUAAUUGUAAUUUCUGUACGUCCAAGAAUAAAAGUCCACUUCAGCCAGCAGUUACCCAGAAUAUCAACCUCGCUACCUCUAAUAUCAUGGCAAUUAGUCUCAGUGGGCAAAACCUUCCAACCAGUUUUAGCCUGGGGCAGAGGCAACGAGCUGCACUACACCCGAGUGCUGACCUACGGUCCAAACAACAACAAAAUAAGACUGCUACCGCUGCGCAGCGUUCAACUGCCGUACGCAAUGAACGCGCUCCACUGGCUGGGCACCAAACACCUCGCCUUGCUCGACGCGAGCGAGAACCUGCAUCUGGUGGAGGUGCGCACGCAACGCGAGCUCGAAGUCCUCGAAGUGGCCGGCGCCGGGCUGGUCUACGGCUCGGCGCACUUCAAAGCGUUGGCGGUGGGGGGCGGCGUGAGCGAGGCGUUCGCUCUGGCCGGCGAGCGGGCGUGCUACAACAGUUUGUCCAGUCGCGGCGACCAGCUGCUCGUACUCGGCACCAAGGCGGUGCACAUGGUGAAGCUGCGCACCUGGCCCGAGCGGUUGUUUUACCUGAGCGAGCAGGGCCGCUGGACGGAGGCGCUCAAUUUGGCGGCCGACGAGGGCACCAACAGGGAGAAGUGUACUGUGGCCUUGCUGGAUAGGUAUCUGGAAAAUUUGAACCGGAACACCGUGGAUAAGGAUAGCUUGGUUGCGGCUGUUAAUUGCUGUGUUAAAUUAGAAAAAAUAGAUGUAUUAUGCAAUGAACUGCUGGAUGCUGUCUCAACAGAUAAAAACAAUGAAGACUGGUACUAUACACUUUUAACCGAUCAUAUUUGUAGCAAAGUAUUAACCUACCUCUCCCCAUCAGUAUCUCAAUCACUAGUCAGUUACAUGGAGAAAAAAGACAUCCAAACCCUGGAAAGCAUUCUACUAAUCCUAGACAUAACAUGUCUGGAUCUACACCAAGCUUUGAACAUUUGCAAAAAACACAAACUGUACAACGCAUGGAUACACUUGACCACGAAAACCCUGGGCGAUUACGUGGGGCCGCUGAUCGAGUUUCUGAGCGAGUUAACGCCCGACAACCACCGACUCGGCAACACGAUGUUGGUGUACGUUUCGUCGUGCCUGGCCGGUCUGGGUUACCCCAACGGCAGCAUACCGGACGCCGAGGCCUCCCGAGUCAAACACGACGUCCUACGAUGUCUGGAGACCGCCCACUCGUUCAACGCCAAGCCCGACGAACCGUCCUAUCCGUAUUUGAGGGCGCUACUGAUGUAUAAUACAAGGGAGUGCCUGAAUGUUGUCGAGUUGGCUUUUACCGAAGCGGAGUUUUCCGGGGAGAUGGGCCUGUUGCAACGUCAGCGGCUGAUUCAGAUACUUUUGAAGAUUGUGGUGCCUCCGGAAUUUUCGGAUAGUCAGGUUAUUAAUUUGGCCUGCUUUAUAUCCCGCCUUGUCAUCUCCAAUAACCUUACCACUGACGAGGACAUGUUGGAAACUGUGAUAAAAUGUUUAACGAACGUGGUGGGUAAGCCGUUAACUAUGAGGGAUCACGCGGAGAGGGAGCAGGCUUGGUUGGAUUUACAGAAUGCGAACAAACUAAGGCAUUUUAAAAAUGACGAGCUUCUUAAAAUGGCGCUUGAUUCGAAGUGCUACAGGGUGGCGGAGAAUUUAUAUGAACUACAAAAAGACUACGCAAACAUUUUACAAUGUUACUUGGAGGAUGCAGUAAGAAAAGCGGACGUUUUUAACUACAUUCUAACUUAUAUUAGCAUAGAAGAAAGAUUAAUAAAGCAGCAAUUCAUAAGUAAUUUUACGAAAUUAGUCGAGAUAGACUGUAAAAAGACUAGCGAAAUAGUAAACCAACAUUUCGCCGAUUUUGUAGAGCAAUUUACCGAUAUAAUAGAAACCGUUCCUGAUUUGCAAUACGAUUUUUUACGACAGCUAGUUGCUAGUGAUAUCAAGUUACCUCCUCACAUAGCCGAAAAAUAUUUGGAGCAAAUGUGCAUAAGAAAUAAGAGCGACGUAAGUAAAUACGUCAAAGUGUGCACUUGCAGAGUCGAAGAAGGAUUGACCAUAACCAAAAAGUACGAGGUCCACGACGCGACCGCCAUACUUUUAGAGCAAGGCGGCGAGUGGAUGGAGGCGUUGGAACUUCUUUUGAAGCACGGCCUGAUCGACGACGGCGUGAACUUGUGCAUACGCGGCGCAGAGCAUCUGGACAACGACGGUGCGCAGACGCUGUGGCUCACGUUGCUUCAGCACAAGGGGAACUCGCAGGCGUAUUCCCUAAGGCAGUUGCUGCACGCUGCUGCGCCGCACGUGCCGCCUGCGCAGCUGUUGGAGCUCGUCUCCAACGCCAACUUUGGCGACAUCAAGGUUUUGCUGAGAGGGAUGCUGAGCGACUAUACGCAUGACGUUAACAUGUUGACUACUACUUUGAAGUUAUUGGGAAAGGACUUACACCAUGGUUUGGCAAAAUCCCUGGCUGCAGGCGGCCGAGGUCUCUCAGUCUCAUCCCUCACAUGUAAACUAUGUCAAAAAUCAGCUACAGUCCAAAAGGAAUUAGAGACGGACCAUUCAAUAAGAGUUUGGAGUUGCGGGCACUGUUUUCACUUGAGUUGCUUGAAAGCGGCAGAAGUGAACGAUUUGUGUCCGCAAUGCCAUGUAAAAGGCACGUUGUUACCGGCAAUAAAACAGGUUAAAACGAGUAACAGUAGUCAAGAACCAUCCCGAAGCAGACCCGACUUGGAAGGACAUUUUUAAACGUAAAUAAUUUAUUUAUUAAUCUAGAUUUGUGUAAGUCAAUCAAAAAGGUACAUUUACUGUAUGUAUAUCAAUAUUAUUAUACCUACUAUAUAUUUGUGAUAUUUAUAUUUUUAUUAUUUGUACAAAAUAUUUAUAUAAGUAUAUGUUAGGCUAAAUAAAUCUCAAUUCCAGUCCGAGUAUGUUUUAAUUUUG